GCAGCAUUGACUUGUUGAUGGAGAAAAGGUCACAAGUAGUCAAUGAUGGAAAUCCCUACUUGUUUGCAAACCCCGAUGGAAGAGGCCACUUGAGAGCAACUGAUACAGUGCGAAAUCAUGCCCAAAAGUGUGGAGCAAAGUAUCCAGAUCAGCUUAGAUUGACAAAACUCAGGAAGCACAUUGCUAUCAGCUCUCAGAUCAUGAAUUUGAAGGAUAAUGAAGUGGACAUUUUAGCCACCUUCAUGGGCCAUGACAUAAGAACCCACAGAGCCUACUACCGCCUGCCAGAUGCGUCACUGCAAGUAGCAAAGAUUUCUAAAGUACUCUUCAGCAUGGAGAAGGGAGACCUAAAGGCAAUGGCAGGAAAGACGUUGGAUGAUGUUCGUGUAGAUGCAGAUGAAGAAUGCAACAUAGAUCCAGAUGUUGAUGAUGAUCCUGACAACGAAGUGAACAGGCCCGAUGAUGCUGUUUUGAUGGAUGAGAUGUCAGACAAAGAAAAUGAAGGUAUGAGCAUGCCGCAGCAAAGCAGAAAGAAGAGUGACCAAGUUGCAAACAAGGAAAGUGACCGUGGUGCCAGCAGAAAGAAAAGGAGUAUCAGACAAUCUUGGACAGCUGAAGAAAAAAAAGCAAUACACAGACACUUUAAAGAAGAACUACGCUCACGCCAACUGCCCGGUAAAGAAAAAAUAAUGAAGUACUGCAAGAUGGAUGCAGACCUGAAGGGUCGUACUAAAAGGUGGACAACAGUCAAAGAUUUCAUUAGAAACCAAAUUAGAAGACAAAUCCACUGGAUUUUUAGUGAAUUUUCAACCUGUUAUGAGUGAAAUUAAUCAUGUUCAUCACACUCCGCAAUUUUGGAUGAAAUCUUUUCAGGUACUGACAUGCGUAAAAUGUGGUUGCUUCUUAUUCAUAUAACCCACUUACUGGUUUCCUUGAUGAAGGGCUGUGCUUUGGAAGAGGUGCACCUUUAUAUAGGUUAACAGUUAACUCCAUGGCCAGGAAGCAUACUGUGUGUAAAGCAGUGUAUGGUUCUGCAAGUCAAAUGGGAACUUAAUAGGAAAAACUUAAUUACCUGCCCAGUUGGUCAGGGCCAGGGAGUAGACUUGUGUCUAACAGUAUGUAUACUGUAUAGAAGAUUGUAAGGCAAAUGGGAACUUUUGUGCUAAAGUUGUUUGAUAAGCCCCAGUUUGCCAGGUUAACGUUUUGCAGUUUAAAUGAUGACUUACAGGUCAAUUUUAUCAGCUCCCAUAUCACCAGAUGGUCAACGUCAGUGAGCAUCACAUGUGUAACAAUGUGCAUAAAGGUUUACAGGUCAAACUCCAACUUUGCUCACUUCCCCUAGAUUAGGUUCAUGGUUGAUAGGACUCGUGAUAGGACUAGAUGUAUAAUGUUUUCCAUAUCAACUGGGAAUUAAGAGCCAACUGUGAUCAGGUCCUCAGUUGGCUUAGACCAUGACAAGGAAGCAUCCACAUGUGUACACUAUGUAAAAUAAAGUUUGCAGGUCAAAUAGGGACUUUAGGCCAACUUUGCUUGGCUCCCCAGUUAAAUAGGCCAGUAUGUAAUGUUUUGCAAUCAACUAGUGACUUAUGGGCAAUUUUGAUCAGGUCCUCAGUUGGCUUGGGUCCGAUUACCAGGAAGCAUCCGCAUGUGUACAUUGUGUGAAAGUUAAGUUUGUAGGUCAAAUGGGCACUUUUGGUCAACUUUACUUGGCUCACCAGUUGAUCAGGGCCAUGAUGACUCGUCAAAGGACCGCUAUGUAUAAUGUUUGGAUUUAAGAGCCAACUGUGAUGAUCGAGGUCCUCAGUUGGCUAGUUCCAGCUGAUGAGGAAGCAUCCACAUUGUGUAAACUAAAGUUUGCACGUCAAAUGGGGACUUAUGGCUAACUUGACUCGUCAAAGGCCCGCUACUUGCAAAAUUUAGAUUUUUAAGUACAUUGCAGAUCAAAUGGGACAUAGCUACCACCUUUGAUCCUCAAUUAGUCAAGGCCAGGUGAAGUCCCAUGAAAUUGAAAAUUGUGUAAAAAGUAACAUGUCUAAUUUUGAUUUAUGAGACAACUUGGUUAGCAGUUGGGUUUUGACUGUUGGUCAAUUACCAUGGACCUUUGGCCUUUAUUAGACUUUAUAAAUAUCUCACCACUCUUGUCCAAUUUCAUCUAAGUUUGGACCCUUUUUUUCAAAAAAAUCAUCAAAAAGUAGACCAUUUGCCCCUUUUGUGAAAUUUAAUCAGGUCCUCGCACUCAGCUAUUGGGUAGGGCCAGAUAACCAUUAAAGCAUAAUCAUGUGUUCAAUGUGUUUCUAUUAAGUUAUGUCUGCAGAUCAAAUGGGACUUUGUACCAUCUAUGAUCAGAU